AUGCCUUCCCGUCAAUUUCCGCCACGUCCGGACCUCCACCACCACCACUUCCACCACCUGGUUCCCUUACUGGCCGGCGGACUGACAGCGGCUUUUUCCCUCCUCGUUCUCCUCACUAUCUGCCUUCUCAAGUUCACCAAGAAACGCACUGCUCCUUCCUCCGACACUGAUUGCAAGAAACCCCCUCACAAACUCUCCUACUCCCUCCUCCGCCAUGCCACCUCCAACUUCUGCCCCUCCCUUCGCCUCGGCCAAGGUGGGUUCGGCUCCGUAUACCGUGGCAUCAUUACGCUUGACUCCAUCUCCAAGAACUUGUCUUUCCACGUUGCGAUCAAGCUAUUGGACUCUGGGUCACUCCAAGGUGAGCGUGAGUUCCAAAAUGAACUGUUUUUUUCGUCAAAAAUUGAUUCUCAAUACGUUGUUUCCGUGAUGGGUUUUUCAUCCAAUCCCAGAAAACGUCGCAUGCUUUUGGUUUAUGAGCUAAUGGAAAACGGCAGCUUGCAAGAUUGUCUUUUUUAUCGAAAAUGUGAAGAGUUAAAAAACUGGGACAAGAGGUUUUUAAUUGCUUUGGAUAUAGCUAAAGGGCUUGAGUAUUUACAUCACUGCUGUGAUCCUCCAAUUAUUCAUGGUGAUGUUAAGCUGAGUAAUAUUUUGUUGGACGGGAGUUUGAAUGCAAAAAUUGCUGAUUUUGGGUUGGCUAGGUUGAAGUUGGAAGAGAAUGUUGAAGGUGAGGUGAAGGAGGGUAAUUUGGGUAAUGGGGUGGAGGAUAAUGGAUCUGUAUUGGAGGAGACAGAGAGUGCGAUCACAGCCAGUGGGUUUGAGGAGUUCAAUAAUGCUCAUCAUCGAGUGGGAGUGGAAAUGUCACCGGAUGGUGCUUUUCUGCGGGUUGAGGCCUCGCCAGAGGUGAAAAUGAGGGUAGAAUUGUCACCCGAGGCAGAGAUGGCUCCUGUGGUGUCGCCGACGACAGUGGCUGCAGUGGCAUUACCAUCCGAGGGUUUGGAGAAGACGAGCGAAUCGGAUGGGAAUUUUGAUAAAGUUAGUAUUGAGAGUGGGGGAGAAAGGAACAUGUGGAAAAAGAAGAAGAAGAAUUUUUCUGGGAAUGAUUGGUGGUGGAAGCAAGAUAAUGGAGGAGAAGGGGACAGUUCGCGACCUCACCAACCCUUUAACCUCUUUUUCUUGAAGAAGAAGAAGAAGGAAAAGCAGCUGGAUUGGUGGGUGUCUUUGGAUGACAACAAGAAUUUGAAGAAGGAUAAGAGGAGGCCUGCAAGGGAGUGGUGGAAGGAAGAGUAUUGUGCAGAGCUCGAGAGGAAGAAGAAGAAGAAAAAAUACUUGCAGGGGUCAAUAAGUGAUGAUUGUUAUAAUGAGAAUUGGGUGCCAAGAGACGGUCAAUUGUCUGCUGAUAGAAAGAAAAAAUGUAGGAACAGGAGUAGAGGUAGUGUGGAUUGGAGGUUGAAUGGGUUUAGUGGUGAGCUUUGGAGAGUGCGAAGAAAUAGUUAUGAUUCUAUCAGUGGGGAGAUACCUAAGAGUGGUGGUAUUAGCAGCACACCAAGUAUGAGAGGAACUGUGUGCUAUGUUGCACCAGAGUAUGGUGAUGGGUUUGAUAUAUCUGAGAAAUGCGAUGUUUACAGUUAUGGAGUUAGUUUGUUAGUUCUUAUUGCGGGACGUAGGCCACUUCAGGUGAUGGGGUCACCCAUAUCAGAAUUCCGACGAGCCAAUCUUCUAUCUUGGGCACGCCAUCUUGCCUGGUCUGGGAAGCUUCUUGAUUUAGUUGAUCAGAACAUUCAAUCUUUAAACAAAGAACAAGCCCUGCUAUGCAUCACCGUGGCACUACUCUGCCUGCAAAAGUCACCUGCACGCCGACCUUCAAUGAAAGAGGUCGUGGGGAUGCUGUGUGGAGAUUUGGAAUCUCCGCAGCUACCAGUUGAAUUUUCCUCUUCACCUCCCUCCCACUUCCCAUUUAAGUCACGCAGGAAAUUUCAGUGA